AUGUCCUCCAACUUGUCCGUUCUUGCUCCCACUGAGGCCGACAUCCGUCGAAUGAUCGCCGCCCGAGUCCACCUCGGCGACGUCAACCACGACCACCGAAUGGGCCAGUACGUCCACGGCCGAAACCAGGCCCAGAACCACAUCUUCAACCUUGGCAAGACCUGGGAGAAGCUCAUGCUCGCCGCUCGAGCCAUCGCCGCCGUCGAGAACCCAGCUGAUGUUGCUGUCAUCUCUGGCAAGCCCCAGGGUCAGCGAGCCAUCCUCAAGUUCGCCGCCAAGACCGGUGCCACCCCAUCGCCGGCCGAUACACCCCUGCCAAUCACUGAAUCUUCUUACGUCAACAUCCCAGUCAUCGCUCUCUGCGACUCUGACUCUCCAGUCAAGUUCGUCGACAUCGCCAUCCCCUGCAACAACAAGGGUGCUCACUCCAUCGGUUUGAUCUGGUGGACUCUCGCCCGAGAGGUCCUCCGACUCCGAGGCACCCUCAACCGAUCCACCGAGUGGGAGCGAGAGAUCAUGCCCGAUCUUUUCUUCUACCGAGCUCCCGAGGAAAUCGAGAAGCAGGAACUCAAGGAGCGAGAGGCUGCUGAAGAGGUUGGCGGCGAGACCCAGGACUACGUUCCCGAUGCUCCCGUCAUCCCACUCGACGGUGACUGGCCAGAGGAGCCCGCUGCUGUCGCCACUGGCGGUGACACCAAGGUCGCUGACUGGGAAGCUCCAGCUGAGAAGACCGAAGCCGCCGGCGACUGGGGCGAGCAGGACGCCACCUGGGAAUAA